AUGAGUAAAGAAGAGAGAAAUCGAUUAUUUGAAUCCGGCAUAGCUGCACUUAGUCAAGCCAAAUCGAGUUCCGACCCCACAAACUACGCGAGCCUAAUAGCUGAGGCUAAGCGUGACCUAGACCAAGCUGUGGAUUUAACCGAAAGGGAUGAUCCCAACUUUGCAAACUAUGUACAUAUCUGGGCCUCGACACAUGCUUUGUGUAUCGCAUUUGUCGAUUAUUCAGCCGAGCUGGACUCAUACCUUGCUUCAUCUCCGCUUGUCGAAAACCUGAACAACUGGUUCCGCGAGUGCCCUGGACAGAUUGUAAAUAAGUUUAGUAUUGAAGAGCAAGAGUUGGAAGAUUUUUGGGCGGGUGUAACUGAGAUCCAGGACGAACGCUACUCGUCGCUAGAUAUUCCGGCCUUAAUUUCACCCGGGGCACUGGCGGUAUCGGUUGACGUCUUUGGUGAAGCAAUCUCACAUUCGGGCAGCAACACUAUACACAUUUGGAGCUUAUGCCGCUCAAUAGCACUUUACUUGAGAAUGGAUUUAUACAACCCAAGUGAAAUAUCUCUCUCCAUUUCUUCCUUUACAAAAGCAACGGCACUCAAAGACACAAACGAAGGCUCUCCCGACGAUACAGACCCCUUCCUGUUAAAAACUGUUGAACUGAUGUUCAAUAAUCCCCAAAACGAUUUUCGAUAUGACUCUCUCCGAAGCCUGGCAGCAUUUUAUGCACAGAGGCAAUUAACGACGUUCAACGAAUUGUGGAGUUCUUACCAAUCAGACGGCACUUCCACCAACCUCGACGAUGCUAUAUCAGCCUCGUUUGAAGGAAUCCUUUGGACUCGAGACGCGGGCAUACCCGAUAAUAUUCGGUUCGAACUUGUGUUUGGCUAUGCGGGUGCAGCGUACGAGAGGUUUAAUUUCUCCCAAAACACGGAGGACCUUGAAAAUCCUGUCCAACUCCUUCAAGAAGUCCCGUUUUAUGUGGGAAUAGAUAAAGAACAGAUGGCGGCAGCUAAACAACUCCAAGCCCUAAUGUUGGCAGAUCUUGCCUAUAUCCUAUCCGAAAGUCGUGAAGUGGAAGACUGGGUAAAGGCUGUCACGUUCUGGAAGCAAAGUGUGUUGGUGACCGAACCGGAUACUCCAGACCUUUCUAAGCGCCUAUUUGAACUUGGCAACUUGGCAUUCAAAAUAUGCAAGACAUCUGAAGACUGGAAAGCUGAGUAUUUCUCUGAGGCCUGCGAUGCUUAUGAGAGGGCAUCUAUUACUGCGACCGACGCCCCUUUCGCUGCCGAGAUUCACUUUGAGCGUGCCUCUAUUUUCUACUAUCGUUUUCUCGAGACACUCACACGAAAAGAUCUCGAUCUUAGCAUGAAAUUCGGUACCAAAGCAUGCGAUCUGGUCCGUCAAACGCCUUUUCCAGGCCUGAAAGACGCACAUUGGAGCGGCAUUUACACACACUGUAGCAAACUAAUAAGAUCGGUCCAAGAGAAUAUCAAGGGGGAUGACAGAGAUAUUACCGAAAAGCUAGAAGAAGUAGUCGAACUCUUAGAGCUCAUUAUUCCAUAUCCCCACACCAACCGUCUUUUUGCUAUCAACCGCUUGGGACUCACAUACACCCUACUGGCCCGCAUACAACGCCGUGCAGGCCAAUCUAUCGCAUUCUGCCGAAAUUAUCUUGAAAAGGCAUUAGAACUUCAUGAAUCCACAAUCAAAGAAACACCAAGCGAGAGCGAUUUUAUAUAUGUUCGAUACAAUCUAGUUGGUUCGACAUACUACCAACUGUACGAUCUAACAACAACCGAUGAUCCACUCCAUUCAAGCUAUCUCAACUUAUCCAUUGAUAACUUCCGAUUGGCAUAUCCGCCGGGUAAUCUAAACCUCAACUACGCCAUGAAGCUUGCUAAAGCCCUUGAGGAUCGUUAUAAAUUAUCCAAGGAACGCUCGGACUUGGAUGAAUGUGUAGACGUACUCUGUCCAGACCAAGCCAAGCCUCAAUUCGGACACUCAAAAGUUUUUCUCGAUGCUGCCACCCUACUUGUGAGGAUUUGCCAUGAUUAUAACUUGCAUGAAAUAGUGUUGGAGGGAUACAAGCGAGUCUUCGUAGCUCUACGAAAAAUGAUUCGGCUAGGGCUCUCAUCGACUGAACGACAAGAUGCUAUUGUAUACUCUGUUGGAUACGCCUGCGAUGCUGCUGCUUCUGCUCUGGAACAAGGUCAAGUUAACGUUGCUGUAGAGCUACUCGAAGAGGGCAGAAACCUAUUCUUUUCUCAGUUGCUUCCUAUCCAAAUGGACACUACCUCGAUUAAACUUCAAGAUCCAGAUUUAGCCUCAUAUCUUGAUGAGACGAUAGAUAAGAUUAAACAGUAUUAUCGAGCCACUGAUGCUGCCAGCUACCGGCCAAACCAAGUGGAUUACGAGGGUGGAUUUGCCGAUGAUAUAGAAGAAAUUAGUCGGGAUUACACUCCAGAGAGUAUGAAGUUGCUUCGUUAUGGGAGCGAGCUGGAAAGAUGGCUGGGAAUCGUCCGCAAGCUACCCGGACACGAGCAUUUUAUGAGCUUGAGCCCGUUCUCGCACCUAAGGCAAGCUGCUAGCGUGUGUCCCAUAGUUUACAUCAGCGUUAGCCGCUUUCGCUGUGAUGCCCUGGUAAUCGGCAGCGAGAAACAGGAUGUGCUUAUAGUCCCCCUUCCCACUACAUUCGAAAAGGUACUUGCUUUAUCUCAGACCAUGCGUCGGAAUAUAUUCCAGCAAGGACGAGGAGUUCGUGACGACACUCCCGAAGACGGCACCCGAGCAAUGGUCCAGAGGCGCACCAGAGGAUUAACCCCAACACAAGAAAUACAAGGUGUCUUGCGUCAAUUAUGGACUACAAUUGUGCAACCAGUGCUAUUAGCUCUAGACUACCUGAGUUCGGGCAAUACGCCCUCGGAUAUCCUCCCACGUCUAUGUUGGUGCCCUAGUGGCCCUUCAGCUACCUUUUUGCCACUUCAUGCCGCAGGAGACUAUGCACGGGGGCCAGAGCAUUGCGCUAUGACCCAUGUUGUCUCCACAUACAUACCGACCAUUUCGUCUCUUCUUCAUGGUUUAGAGCGCAAACCACACAGCAAUUCACAAGAUGCCCAUAUGUUAUUAAUCUCACAACCGGCUUCGCCACCUAACUUGCCACUGCCAGGAGUGAUAGUAGAGAGGGACCGGAUAUUAGCCACGUUCGAAGAAAUUAAAGGCUCUGGCAAUAUUACAUCUCUACACGACAAAGCGGGUCUUGUAGAAGAGGUUGUGAAGCAAUUGCCAUCGCACGAGAUGUUGCACCUUGCUUGCCAUGGUAUUCAGGAUACCUUUAAUCCUUUGGAUAGCAGCGUGGUUCUUCAUGACGGAAACCUGACUAUUCGAGAAAUUAUUCAGACUCCACUGCCAAAAGCGGAGUUGGUGUACUUGUCGGCGUGCCAGACAGCAACCGGGAGCAUUAAAACACCCGACGAAUCGUUUAGUCUCGCAGGGAGCUUCAUGUUUGCUGGCUAUAGAGGUGCCGUAGCCACUAUGUGGUCUAUCAAUGACCAAGACGGGUGCGACGUAGCCACUUCAUUCUACAGACGUAUACUACAAAGCGAUGGAGAUCCUGUCUCCAAUUCAGCCCUUGCUUUGCACUGUGCAGUCCAAGAAUUACGAGGAGCCAAUCCAGAAAUUGACCCUAUAAGAUGGAUUCCCUUUGUAUAUUUUGGUGUCCCAGGACCGAUUGGUGACAGCUCAGACAAUGCCGUUUAA